CAUACGAUGGAGCAGAUGCCAAUGGUGUGCAGUCGUUCAAUUCAACGCAAUGGUUUGCGAAAUCCUUCGAACUAAAGCCAUGCACCGAUCCCAAGGCGUGCGAAUAUUUUGGCUUCCAAGUGGUUCUACCGGUCACAACGCUACUGUACAUCGGACUCAUUCUCCUGGGGGUCAACUCCUUAGUAUACUACGCUUCUAUCAUGGUUGUGGGUUUCUGGUACGUCGCGCUCAUCAGCCAGCCCGUUCCCAGCUACAGCUUCAUCGAGGCCUGCAUGGGCCGUUUCUUGCCGUUCCUAUUCAUAGCCUAUAUGCUCUAUCUCUACGGUGGCAAAACCGCUAUCCCGCCCCCCACGCACAUGCUGGAGCGGUUUGCCUUGUACUGGUUUCCCGCAUGGUUUUUUGUCCACAUGAACUACCUGACGUUCAUCUUCCCCGAUGAGGAUAUCACCGGUGGUGAGCAAGUGGUGACGGAUGACGGUGGUAUCGCUGUGGUGCAGCCGCCUGUGUCCUGGAAUCCGCUGGCGAUCACUCUGAUGGUUGCGGCGUGUAGUAUAGCACUGUUUCUGCUUUACAAACUGUUCCGUGCUAUCUGGCGGUCCGGUCGGACACUCCCAUAUCUCACGGGAUAUAUCAGUGCACUAGCUGUGCUUAUACUGUUUGCGGUAGCCGUAUCCAGUCAGUACUUUGUGCACCUGCAUCACUACCAACUGGGUAUGGCGAUAUGGCCUAUCACAGCAUUCUCCAUGGGCCCUGCUGCGUUUGCGCAGAGCAUCAUGGCUGGAUUAUACAUCCAAGGAGUCGCCAGAUGGGGAUUCGGGUCAACCUUCACAUACACGGGCUAUAGGCCCAAAACUCCGGAUUUUGUAGGCAAUAUAACAAUCUCGAACGAAACUACCGAUGGAGCGCUAGUUGAGUGGCCGGCUGCUAACUAUACGAUCGCCCCGGUGUAUUCUGUGGUGGUGAAUACAAUUGAAAUGUGCCGAGUCACUGACACGCAGUGCCGGAUAAGUGGCCUUCUCCCCGGUCUGUCGUACCACGUUUGCGUCCGGAAUGUAGUUGAAGGCUACGAAGGAAGCUGUGAAGGUAACCAGAGGUUCAAUACAACGGCGGCACCUGACUUGUAGUUGUGGUACAGGUAUUUAUAGCGGCACCUGACUUGUAGUUGUGGUGCAGGUAUCUAUAAACUAGGAUCAAUUAAAGUAUAC